AUGAAUUUUUCAAAAAUCUUCUUUAAAGUGAAUUUUAGCUUUGGUUGUACCUUAGUAAGUGAUAAUAAUACUAUAUCUAACAUAAUUUUAGAAGAAAAUGAUGAAAUUAAUCAAUCAGUUAAUAAAUAUAUUCAAUUAAAGAAUUUCUUGAUGAAGAAUAUACCUUUGGUUAUAAGAUUACUUGAAUCUAAAUACAGUUGUGUAUCUAUGGAUGAAAUUAAUUCAAUAUUAAACCAAUUAAAUAUUAAUUUUAAGGAAGAACAAUUAAAUAGUGAAGAAUAUUUGGAUAAAUACGAUUGUAUUGGUUAUUUUAAUAGAUAUAUUAACGGGCUUGUGGAUGAUUUAAUAUUAUUUGGCAAAUUGAUAAUAAUAAAAGUUAAAAAUAGUGAUCAAGUUAAAUAUGAUAUUUCAGACUGUUCAUCUUGUGAUCCUAUAAAUUGUAUUUAUAAAUUUUUAGAUUCGUUAAAGAAAAAUCAAAAGGAUAUUAGACUUUCUAAUGAUGAAUCUCUAUUAGAAAUUUAUAUGGAUUUUUUGUCAAUGUGUAUUUUUAUAGAUAAGGUAAUUUGUCAGUAUAAAUCAUAUAGAUUUCUUAUUAUUCCAAUAAUAGAAGUUAAAAAGAAGAUGUUAAGCUCAUAUGCUUUUAAUAGUAAAAAUGUACUACACCCGUUUAAAUUUGAUAAAAUAUACUCACCUGAGAUAAAAGAAUCUUUAUUUGAAAAAGUUUUAUAUUAUAUUUCUCAAGUUGAUACUGAAAUAAUUAAUAUUGAAAAUGAUGAAGAAAUUAAAAAUUUUUUAAAAGAGUUUUCGAAAUACAUUGUAGAGAUAAUUAUUUUAAUUGAAAAGUAUAAUUAUUCUUAUAACUACAGUUUAACUCGUUUUAAAAUCAACUCUUGUAUUUUUAAAUAUUUUGAUAAUAAUAAUGAUGAUUUAAGAAAUGAAAUUCAACAACUAAAUAUAAAGUUAUUAGAUUUUCUUUUUAUAGAAAGUGAAAAUUAUAAUACAAAAUUAAGUUUUUAUAUAAGAAUGAUUAAUUUUAAAUUUUUGAAAUUCUGUAUACCUUUCUCUUAUCUUGAAAAUAAUGAUAGUAUUUUACUAAAUUGUGAAGACAUAAAAAACUACAAAGAUAUUUGCGAAGAUGAUGUAAUAUUUAUUUCUGAUAAAAUUUUGUGUGAAUAUCAAAUGAUUUUACUUAUUUUAAUCAACCCAUCAUUAACAAGAUGUUUAGUUGGUUAA